AAUUGAUUUUUCUUCAAUGUUAUUUGGGUGCUGAAAGUUCAAACCAAACAUAAAAACCCAGAGUCAACUACUAUAAUAACAAUCGCUAACAGCAAACACACAACUACUCCAUUCGAUGUCUUCCACGCUGGUUGUCUUUUUUUGAUUCUAAGCUGAACAAACUGCUAUCAAUAAACCUGGACGAAGAUUCUCCACCACCACCUCCAUAUCAGGGCGGUGGUUUAUCUGAUGCCUUGAUGGGCCUUCUCUCCAAUUUCUGCGGCUGCCUGGAGAAACUCAAAUUCGCCCGAGCCACUGGUACAGGCGGCGACGAUGACGACGCUAACACUAAUGACCUCUUCUUCGACCUCCGCACGCUUCAAGUCGCUACCAAUUUCUUCUCAGAGUCGAAUCAGCUUGGUCAUGGAGGAUUCGGUCCUGUUUACAAAGGAUUGAUACCAAAUGGUCAAGAAGUUGCUGUGAAGAAGCUUUCACUAACAUCAAGACAGGGACUUAGAGAAUUCACUAAUGAGGUAAAAGUGUUAUUGAAAAUUCAGCACAAGAACUUGGUUACUUUGUUGGGAUGUUGUGUGGAAGGACCUGAGAAGAUGCUUGUUUAUGAAUAUCUGCCAAACAAAAGCCUUGAUUACUUCCUAUUUGAUAAACAGAAAUCUGCAUCCCUUGAUUGGACAACUCGAUUUAGAAUAGUUACAGGAGUAGCAAGAGCUCUUCUCUACUUGCAUGAAGAAGCUCCUGAAAGGAUCAUUCACAGAGACAUCAAAGCCAGUAAUAUUUUGUUGGAUGAACAUUUGAAUCCAAAGAUAUCAGAUUUUGGCCUGGCAAGACUCUUUCCUGGUGAAGACACCCAUUUGGAUACAUUCAGGAUUUCCGGUACUCAUGGUUACAUGGCGCCUGAAUAUGCAAUGCAUGGAUAUUUAUCUGUGAAGAGUGAUGUUUUUAGCUAUGGAGUUUUGAUACUGGAGAUUGUGAGUGGAAGAAAAAAUUAUGACAGUCAACUUGGUGGUGAAAAGGCAGACAUUUUGACCUAUACAUGGAUGCUCCAUCAACAAGGAAGGACAUUGAAUUUAGUUGACCCAACACUUACUAAGUGCAAUCAUGACGAGGCAGCAAUGUGCAUUCAACUAGGGUUGUUAUGUUGUCAACAAACAGUUGCAGAUAGGCCUGAUAUGAAUACGGUUCAUCUCAUGCUUUUAAGCGACUCAUUUACUUUGCCUAGACCUGGUAAACCUGGAACUCAUGGUCGACGAGGACAUUUUACAACUACUGGAACUUCUGCUUUCACUAACACUAACACCAACACCAACACUAACACUAACACCAAUACUGUUGGUAGCAGUAUGAGCAUUGGUGUCAUUGCUAAAGUUUCUGGAGGCAGUAGUUUUGUUGAGGACUAUUCUAGAAAUUCCAUGUCUGUCUCUUCUAUGGAUGAGGGUAGAUGACUAUUAUUGUAGUUUUUAUUAAUCCUAUGUAAAUCAUUUAUUCUUUGUAAUAUUUAAGUGUGUCUGUAUAUAUGUAGAAUGCAUUCGUUCUUCUUUGUCUUGCCAUGUAAAGGUUAUGCUGUGUUAGCGAAGAGGGCCAUUUGUUGUGCAUUUUGCCAAACAGUGAUUUCAAGAUUUUGGAUUAUAUUUGCCUGGUAAUUCUUAAGAUA